UGUUCAUUCCUUUAAUCGUAGUCCUCUGAAAGGCUCUUAUUCCGAGACCCGUCGGCAGAUUCUCUCGAGCUUUAGCAUUUUUCGGGACGCUUAAUACAGUUUCUCUCUUUUAACUUCGUCCUCGGGCGGCGUAGCCGGCCACGCCAGAUCUGACUACCGGCACCAGGCGAGGGCCGUGGCUCGAGCGACGGUGGCCGGAGCCAGAUCAUUUUGUUCUUUAAAUAGCUAAAUACCAAGUUGCUUCCUAGUGCGUGCCUUUUUCUUUAUUCCUCACUGUUCUUUUCUUGACGUUCUGGCCACGCUGUCUGAAUUCGUGAACUCCACACCAUGUGCGUGCAUUAUUAAACGGUGCAUAAUAGCUUUGCAUCUUGCACAUUCGUCUCCUCCAUCUCUCUCUCUCUCUCUCUCCGCCGCCGCCGUCGGUAGGGCUUGGUCGUCCCUGAGAAAACCACAUUGUUCAUAUCUUCGCGUCCAUCAAGAUGAAGGCGAUAGAGAAGAUCAGAGAGGCUCUCGACGGCCGCGGGGACGAUGGGGAGCCCGUGUUCUCGUUCGAGUUCUUCACGCCGAGGAAGAAGGCCGACGUCAACGCCCUGCUGGACCUCAUAGGCCGCCUGGUGGUCCACGGGCCGGCGUUCUGCGACCUCACGUGGCGGACCGGCAGCUUGGCCACCGACGACGUCACCCUGGACAUGGUGGGAAAGAUGCAGAACGCGGUCGGCGUGGAGACCAUGAUGCACCUCACCUGCACCAACAUGCCCGUCCAGAGGAUCGACCGCGCGCUCGACAGGAUCAAGUCCGACGGCAUCCGGAACGUGCUCGCGCUCCGCGGCGACCCGCCGACCGGCCAGCUCAAGUUCGUCCCGGUCCCCGACGGCUACGGCAGCGGCCUUGACUUGGUGAAACACAUCAAAGACAAAUAUGGGGAUUACUUUGGCAUUACUGUUGCUGGCUACCCAGAGGGCCAUCCUGAUGUCAUAGGAAGCAAUGGCGUGGCCUCGGAUGAGGAUUACCAGAAUGAGCUCGCCUACUUGAAGCGAAAGGUGGAUGCUGGAGCGGACCUCAUUAUUACUCAACUGUUUUUUGACACAGAUAUUUUCCUCAAGUUUGUGAACGACUGUCGCCAAGUCGGAAUAACUUGUCCCAUUGUUCCUGGCAUCAUGCCGAUCGGCACCUAUAAAGGCUUUGCGCGCAUGACUAGUAUAUGCAGAACAAAGAUACCGGCUGAAGUUUCCGCUGCUCUGGAACCAAUAAAGGAUAAUGACGAAGCUGUUAGGAACUAUGGAAUUCACCUUGGAACAGAAAUGUGCAAGAAAAUUUUGGCUAGUGGAAUCAAGACUCUUCACAUUUAUACCUUCAACAAGGAAGCCUCGGCCGUGGCAGUACUAAUGAAUCUUGGCUUGAUUGGAGAAGCCAAAGUUUCAAGGUCUCUUCCCCGGAGACAUCCUGCGAAAGUCCUUCCUGUUGAGGAAGAUCAACACCCGAAUUCAAAUACUACGGAGGCCAAAAAGAAGUUUUAGCAUCAGUAUAUUGGCGUUUCGUCGAUGCAGUAAAUUAUCAGCAUCUCACUAAUAGGGCGAGUCAUCCAAAGGGCUGACAUUUCAAGGACCACGGCAUGGGACCAAUGCCCUCUCAAAUGGGGGUGAUAGAGGAGCAACUGGGACCGGAGAGGUUCUCGUUCCGAUUCAGGUCAUUGUAUCAUUGAUAUACUUUGAAAUAAAUUUAUUUCUCUCUCUCUCUUCAUUUCUAAAUUUAUAUUGGACUAAAUAUCUACAAUAGGUAGUUGAUGCUUGUGGUGUCUAAGUCGUUCAGUGUCAGUUGAGAUGUGAGUUUGGAAAACCAUUUGAGGUUAAAGCUUGUAAUUGUAGAAGAGUCCAUGUUGAGCUCUCGUAGAGCACUCCUUCUGUACUAUGUUGGUGGUAAGAGCCUACAUAUAAACAAGAGUGCUCUGUCUUAGAGAUGUACACUUGAGACCAACAAUUCCAUUAUUGUAAUACAAUUACACCAUUUAACAA